AUGGCUCAAACCCCCGACCAAUGGUAUCAUGUGGAGGGAACCAUGAACCCUGGUGACCACACUUCGAGAGGAAUAUCAGCUGAUUCUUUGUUGAACUGCGAGAAGUGGCUAUUGGGGCCAGAGUUCCUAUGGAAUCCUAUGCAUCACUGGAUAAAAGAGCUUGGUGCUUCAAUUGCUAUUCAGGACGAAGACCCGGAAGUUAAACCUAAUCCAGUGGUGGAGUUCAACGAGAAGUUGUCAGCAGCAGCAGCAGUGGUGGUCUUGCCAAUUUUAUCAGAUUAUUUCCAGAGGUUCUCUUGCUGGUAUCCCUUGAAGAAGUCGUUUGCUUGGAUCUUGCGCUAUCGAAACAAUCUCCUGAUGGCGGCUAAGAGUAGAAAAGGGAGCGCUCAGCCGAAGACCUUACAAGAGAAACAUUCACCAAUUACUCUUGAAGAAAUGGAAAAUGCCGAGAAAGCAACUCUGAAAAAUGUCCAGCAAGAAGCCUUCCCCGAGGAGUUUAAUGAGCUCAAUAAAUUCAGCGGUAGCAAACGCGUCAAACGUAGCAGUUGCCUUUUCAAACUGGACCCGAUCUUGGAGGACGGUUUGUUGCGCGUGGGCGGAAGAUUGGCUCGUGCUCGCUUCUCGUAUAACGCAAUGCAUCAAUUAAUCCUGGCCAAAAAGAACCACGUCUCAAGCCUUACCAUCGACUAUUUUCACAAGCUUUCAGGUCAUUUAGGAAGACAUGUGUUGAGUAUGAUACGCCAGAAAUACUGGAUUAUCCAAGGAAAUUCCAUGGUGGGAAGAGUCCUGACGAGUUGCUAUAGCUGUCGCCGGCAAGAAGCACCCUUUUGCCAGCUGAAAAUGGCUGAUCUGCCGAACGAUCGCUUGGUUCCCGACAAGCCACCAUUCACGACAGUUGGAGUGGACUGUUUUGGCCCCUUUCAAGUGCGCCGUUCCAGAAGCCUCGUUAAAAGAUUUGGUGUUAUCUUUACAUGCCUAACAGUUCGCGCGGUUCGUAUUGAAGUGGCCCAUAGCCUCGACACCGACUCAUUCCUGCUCGCACUUAGAGGAUUCAUCCCAAGAAAAGGCCAGGUUAAAGAGAUACGCUCGGACAACGGGUCAAACUUUACAAGCGGAGAGCGUGAGCUAAGUGAGUCGAUCCAGGCCUGGAACCAGGACAAGAUUUCAGAUGAGAUGUUACAAAGAAACGUCAAAUGGAAUUUCAAUCCCCCGUGCGGCUCACACCACUGA